UUUUCUUCUUUGUUUUUAAUGAUCAUCCUCUUCUCGUUUAUAAUCGCAUUAUUAACGAUGGUAUGGGUUAAUCCGUUUGGAUUAGUCUCAAGAUUUACGACCUAUUUCAACGGACAAGAUCUAUUGGCAGCGGCACAAACCACAGUCUUCCGGAACACCCCAGAAAAAAGAACUCCUGAAUGGUUCCCUGUGAAGGGACGCGUACCUGACUGGUUUAAUGGAAUCAUGUACCGUGUUGGCCCUGGAAAGUACAACAUUGAGCAGGCAAACGGAACCACUUUUGCGAUUAACCAUGCUUUCGACGGCAUGCCAUUUAUGCACCGCUUUGAGAUUUCUAGUGAAAGACAGGCCGUGCGUUACAAUUCAAGAAACAUCUCAGAAGAGUUUGAGUCCAGCAUAGCAAAGGAUAACGGACAAGGAAAAAUAUUCUUCGGGCAUCAGCCGACUGUAACGUCGGUCAAGCAGCGACUAAAAGACAUUUACUUAAGGUUUGAUAGCAUGCUACUCAGCCGCCGUCCAUUGGACGAGACUUCACCUUCCUCCCAGCCUGUUGGUGUCACUGCGACACCUAAUUUCCCUAUUCCACCAGUCUACAAGGCUGCUGAUAAAAACAAUGGUGAAAGUGAUCGAGUGUUGGUGGCCAAGACUGAUGCAAACAUGCUUCAGCAAUUGAACUCUGAUACACUUGAACCCAAGCGACUAUUCAACUAUGGUAAUUUUGAAAAGAAACUCAAGGGAGAUCUUUCGGCAGCACACCAUCAAUAUGAUCCGAUUACAAAGGAAACAAUCAAUUUUGUUCUUGACAUGUUUCCUGCCCGACUCCAGGUUUUUUCGUCAACUCCCGAAGGAAAGAUCACCAUCUUGGCCGAUUUUACUCACCGUCUUGAUGAAAAGCGUACCCGUGUGCAACCUGUAUAUAUCCAUGCAUUCAACAUCACCAAGGAUUAUAUUAUUCUGCCAGAGUAUUCACUUGCCUACACCAAUAUGGGCGUUGAUUUUCUUGUCAGUGGAGCUGUCAACACUGGUAUGGCAUGGAGCAAUGAUAGACCAACCUUUUUCCAUGUGAUCAGUCGCCACGGAAAGGGACUCGUUGCUUCGGUUCCUGUCGAGACCUUUUUUAGUUUCCAUGUUGCCAAUGCGUGGGAUAGCGUUGAUGCUCAAGGACGACAGGUCAUUGAUAUGGACAUCUGUGCAUUCGAGAAUGCGGAUAUUAUGUGCCAGCUCCACACAUUUGCAAAGCCUGUACGUCAAGCUGAAUAUGAUUCCCAUGUUAAAAAGCAGCUUGAACUCUCCAAGCAGUCCCAGCAGUACAAUGGUAUGAACAUCCCUCCUUUACGCCAACCCAGCUUUGGUGACCUGCGCCGCUAUCAGAUCGUCCUCGAGAACGGAACAGGUGAGGCAACAUACCGUACUAUUGCUUCCAACGUUGAGUUUGCACGGUACAGCCAGGACUAUGCCAUGCGCAAGCACAAGUUUGUCUAUGGAUGCCAAUUGAUUUCAGUAACCGCCAAGAGCAACGAAAGAUAUGAUCUCGUAAAAGUCAACCUGGAUGACGGUAGUGUAAUUAGAUACAGCCAGGAAGGAUGUGCCUGUUCUGAACCUAUAUUUGCUCCUCGCCCUGGAGGAACCGAAGAAGACGAUGGUGUGUUGAUGAGCUUGGUGAACAAACUUGACAAGGAAGAUCCCUCAAAGGACUAUUGUUUCUUGCUUCUUUUGGAUGCCAAGACAAUGCAGGAGGUUGCUACUUGCCAGGUUGGUCAGUUUACUGCCACAACAUUCCAUGGUUCAUUUGUAGACCAUCAUUUUGAAAAUGUAUCAAUCAAUUGAUGCAUUUACUGGCUGUAUUCUUCUUUUGUUUUUGUUUUUCUUUGUAUGUGAUUUCUGCUUAAAAAUAAUAAUAUAAAUAUAUAUACAUAUAAGUGUGUGUAUGUAAAUUAGUGUAAUUGAGGUUGGUUACCAAGAAUCUACCUUAUUUCAUUGUGUCUCUUU